AGCUCAAACAACCGAGACCACCUUGAAGCAUGAAGAGGGGCAUAUAUUGACAUGUUACAGGAGAGGAUAUAUAGAGGUUUUGCACGCUGCCAUAAGAACGGAUUAGCUUUCCGUGUCUCGAACACUGUGUUUCUCCGAAAAAUGCAAGUAGUGAUAUGAACAUCAGCAAUAUGAAGUUCUUCUUUGUUAUAUCGACCUUCGCUCUAAUUGCAAUAUGCCGUGGCGCAGACGAAUCUCUGGAUGAAUCAAAAUUGCUGACAAAACUAACGCCAAUAAUCGGUUCACAGCCUGUAUAUUCGGAUAAUACACAUAAUCAAAAAGAUUUGAUUGCAUCCGCGAGUGAUCGAACGUUUCAUAUAACCAAAGGUUAUCCUGGAUCAAUUGGUGGAUAUCCCGGAUCAAUUGGAGGAUAUCCUGGAUCAAUUGGAGGAUAUCCCGGAUCAAUUGGAGGAUAUCCCGGAGGAUAUGCUGGAGGAUACCCCGGAGGAUAUGGUACGGGAAUCAUUGGAUCCGUUUAUCCUGGUACAUCAUAUCGUGGUAGCAAUCUAAUUCCAGGUGGCGGUUAUAUUGGAUAUGGUUACGCAGGAAACUAUCCGGGAUAUCCUGGCUCUGGCGGAUAUGGGGGAUAUGGAGGAUAUGGAGGAUAUGGAGGAUCUGGGGGAUAUGGUGGUUAUGGAAGAGGAUAUCCUGGUGGUUAUGGUGGUUACGGUGGUUAUGGUGGGGGCGGAUACGGGGGAUAUGGGGGAUAUGGGGGAUAUGGAGGAUAUGGGGGUGUUACGAGCGUCGGAGGUUACGACGAUGGUUCUUUAGGAUAUGGACGUGGUGGUUACGGU